CCGCGAGGUUCGUUCGGAAAAGCAGGUUUAUCGAACUUCCGUUCCAGGUAACCAGCCGUGUGUGAUCGCAAUUCCGAGAAUGACUAUAAGAUGCUGGUCAAGUGUCUUCCGCUGAUCUUCCUCCCCUGCGUCCUGGGAUUCCCCAAGAGGGUUCACGUAGGAGGAUUGUUCGACAGUGACGAGGGUAUUCAACGGACCUUCGAGAUCUCUAUACAGGCGGUGAAUCAAGAUCGCCAUGAGAACAAGGAAUUCGCGAACGUGUUCCUCGUGGCGGAGUCGAACAGGGUUGGAACGGAUCCGUUCGAGGUGGCGGAGAAAGUGUGCGAGCUAAUGGGCACAGGGGUGGCCGCCAUCUUCGGGCCGAACAAUAGGUUCACCUCGGAGCAUGUGCAGAGUAUGUGCGACACCAUGGAAAUGCCGCAUAUUUAUGGUAGAUGGGAACCCUCUCAAACUCGCGGUAAAGGAAUAAACUUAUUCCCACACGCGGAAACUCUCUCUGUGAUUUUCGAUCAAAUUAUAACCGAUUUCGAGUGGAAGAUUUUCGCGAUAUUGUACGAAGGUACUGACAGUUUGAUUCGGACCCAUCGAUUGCUGGAACGUUGGGACGCAAAGGGUCAUGCGAUCUUCUUGUACCAUUUGGGAGCUGGACCAAGUUACAGGAAAGUGAUGAGGGAGAUCAAGAAUGCAGAUAUCGAGAAUAUACUCAUCGAUUGCUCGAUCGAUCUACUGGAGGAGGUUCUGAAACAAGCGCAGCAAGUGGGCAUCAUGUCGGAGAAGAACCGAGUUAUAGUAACGUCCCUGGAUCUCCAAACGAUCGAUGUGGAGCCGUACCAAUUUUCGGGGGUGAAUUUCACCGGGGUCCGACUCAUCGAUCCCGAGGGUCCCGUCGUGACGGGCAUCGUGGAACGGCACAAGAACGAAUGGGGAUUCGACAAUCCUCGUCAAUUACGCGUUGAACACGCCCUCAUGUACGACGCGGUGCAACUUUUCGCCAGAGCUUUCAGGCGUUUAAAGGACACCAUUAAAGGCGACGUGAGGAAGUUGCCGUGCAACGGUACCAUCAGCUGGGAACACGGAUUCAGUUUGAAUAAUUUUAUGCGUGUCAGCGAGAUGGAGGGUGCUACUGGCCUGAUAAAGUUCGACACGGCUGGCUUUCGCAGCGAUUUUCAGCUGGAUGUGGUGAAGGUGUCGGAGGACGGUUUGAAGAAGAUCGGGAUCUGGAACAGUACCAACACCGUGGAAUGGCUGGUGGAGUCGCUUCCACCGAAACCUGACGCAGAAUUGAGUUUGCAGAACAAAACGUUCAUCAUCCUGAUCGCUAUCAACCACCCAUACGGUAUGUUAAAGAAAUCGGCCGACAUGAUGACCGGAAAUGACCGCUACGAAGGUUUCGGCAUCGACAUUAUUCAAGAACUGAGCAAAAUGCUUGGCUUCAAUUACACGUUCGAGGUGCAGGCGGACAACGUGUACGGCUCGUACUCGAAGAAGGCGAGAAAAUGGACGGGGAUGCUGGGGAAAAUAAUCGCCGGUGAGGCUGAUCUGGCUAUUACGGAUCUAACUAUAACAUCUGAAAGGGAAGGAGCUGUAGACUUUACGAUGCCUUUUAUGAAUUUAGGAAUAAGUAUUUUGUAUCGAAAGCCCACAAAAACGCCGCCAAGCUUGUUCUCCUUCCUGUCGCCAUUUUCUGCCGGUGUCUGGUGGUAUCUGAUCGGAGCUUACAUAUUCGUGUCGGUGAUGCUGUUCAUAAUCGGUAGAAUAUGCCCGGCAGAGUGGAACAACCCAUACCCGUGUAUAGAAGAACCCGAAGAGCUCGAAAAUCAGUUUACCUUCAAGAAUUCCCUUUGGUUCACCAUUGGUAGUAUUAUGCAGCAGGGUUCCGAGAUAGCUCCCAUAGGACUCUCGACAAGAAUGAUGGCGGCUUCCUGGUGGUUCUUCUGUCUCAUCAUGGUGUCAUCCUACACAGCCAAUUUAGCCGCGUUCUUGACAGUCGAAACGCUGGUGUCACCCUUCUCCAACGUCGAGGAAUUGGCGAAGAAAGGUACCAUCAAGUACGGUGCCAAGGUUGGAGGAUCCACGUUCAUGUUCUUCAAAGAUUCCAACUACUCGACGUACAAGGAGAUGUACGAGUACAUGAUGGCGAACUCCGCGGACGUACUGCCUCCUGACAACGACACCGGUUUAAAAAAGGUGCUCAGAGAGGAGUACGCGUUUCUAAUGGAAUCCAGCUCGAUAGAGUACAUCGUCGAAAGAUACUGUAACGUGACGCAGAUCGGUGGACUUCUCGAUGCAAAGGGCUACGGGAUUGCUAUGAAAAAAUAUUCCCCAUAUCGCCAUGCGCUAAAUACAGCCGUGCUAAAGCUGCAGCAAAGCGGCCUGAUCACCGAACUGAAAAAGAAAUGGUGGACGCAGAAACACGGAGGUGGAACUUGUCGAGAGGACGGUGGUCAGAGCCAAGCAGAGGAACUGGAUCUCGACAAUGUGGGUGGUGUAUUCCUAGUACUGACCGUAGGCGUUGCGGCUUCUUUCUUUUUCACUAUAUUCGAGCUAGUCUGGGAAGUUGGCUGUACAUCCCUCCGCGAAAAUGUAUCGUUCAAGGAGGAAUUAAUGGCUGAAGUGAAGUUCAUCGUGAAAUGCGACAAUUCGCCGAAGCCUAUAAGAAGAAGGAAGGGGUCAUCGAAUCGAAGCGGGGAAGAUAGCACUAGGGGUUGCACGCCACCGUAUGGCUUUAUCCCAGUAAUUACCACUUCUAGUUCCGAUGACAAAUAGGAUUACAGAGUUAAAGGAAUACAACACGCGCUACGACAAAUGAGUAGCAUGUUUAAAAAAUGCGGUAUAUUAUAUGGAAAAAUUCGUCGCCUCUUCCGUUUACUAACA